CCAAACUCCAGAGUCUGAAGUCUAAACCCGCGAAAAAACUUGCGCCGAUCAACACACCGUACCCUCUUUCAAAUGAUAUCGGAGGGACGGACGGAACGAUAACUAACGUAUCAGUACCACGUUCGUGAACUGAUUGAAUCCGCCCCGAAUCCUACCGACAACAAUCGGGCAUGAAUCGGAUUCAGGCGACCGACGAGCUCUCUUUCCGGGUCGGCUUCUCCGGUCAUAGCGGCCACCUCCGGGUGGAGCCUAUCUCCACCGUCGAGCGUGACGACCCAAUCAAGUCUCUCCCAGAUUUCAUUCUUCCCCCGGCAUUUCCUGAGGAAACUUAUGAAUCUAUAAAGGAGCAUAUAGAGGAAAGGUACUUGUUGCCGAGGUUAGACGAGGAGGAAUUCUCUGCCGAGAAAGCCGGGAGGCAAUGGGAGUUUGAUUGGUUUGAGAGGGUAAAAGUACCGUUGGAGCCAUCACAGCCUCGGUCAGUGGUGGUGCCAACGUGGGAGCUGCCUUUCAGAAGGAACCAAAAGGGUUCUAGACAAGGAGUAUGGGAGCCCAAUUCGGUCGAGGUGGAUGUGUUAGAAUUAACUGUUGGAGAUCAAGAGUAUGGCCCUCUUCCACGCAUGACUGGGCCUGCGAAGGAUUUUGUCAGAGGAAGCAUCAAUAAUCGACCCUUUCGUCCUGGAGGUUUGGAUGAUGGUCAUUCUUUAGAGAGAACAAUUCCUGAUGGUGCUCGUAAUGGGCAAUGGGUACGUGAACUGCUGAAUGGAGGCCCGGCUCUGUCUACUCCUCCAGGCCUAAAAAACGGGCUAGACUUGGGAGAUCUUAAGGCAUAUCCAUGCUCCUGGAAUGUCUACAAGGACCAAACUCCUAUUAGUAGCACAUCGGACGAGAAAUUGGGCGAGUUAUCUGUGCAGUUUGAUGACUUAUUUAAAAGGGCAUGGGAUGAAGGUGAUGUUACUCAGCUGGAGGUAGAAGACCAUUUGUGUGCAGAGGAAUCGUCAGACCCAGAUGGUGAAGUGGAGGUUGAGGGACCAAACAAUGUCUCUGUCUUAGAUGUUGAAGUGAAGGUUGAGGGGCCAAGCAAUGCCACCCAGCCUGAAUCAUCUCUUUUAGAGGAGAUACUGUCUGUUGAAUCAGGUGGAUUGACAACCAGUUCAGACAGGAAUGUUAAUGAUGAUGGAAGCCAAAAUAAAGAGGUUCAGUCUCUCACUGGGGGUAGUGAUUGGAUUGCAAAGCACUUCUAUGAGCUCGUGCCUGACAUGGCUCUCAAUUUUCCUUUUGAAUUGGAUGCAUUUCAAAAAGAGGCUAUCUAUUUUCUUGAAAAGGGAGAAUCUGUAUUUGUUGCUGCUCAUACAUCCGCAGGGAAGACUGUGGUUGCAGAAUAUGCAUUUGCACUUGCAUCUAAACACUGCACCAGGGCCGUCUACACUGCACCCAUCAAAACUAUCAGCAACCAAAAGUACCGGGAUUUUUGUGACAAGUUUGAUGUUGGCCUUCUGACAGGUGAUAUUAGUUUGAGACCAGAAGCUUCUUGUCUUAUCAUGACAACUGAAAUAUUAAGAUCAAUGCUCUAUCGGGGUGCGGAUAUCAUACGGGAUAUUGAAUGGGUAAUAUUUGAUGAAGUACAUUAUGUCAAUGAUGUUGAAAGAGGUGUUGUUUGGGAAGAAGUUAUAAUAAUGCUUCCAAGGCAUGUCAACAUCGUCCUCCUCUCGGCAACGGUUCCGAACACUAAAGAAUUUGCUGACUGGAUUAGUAGAACAAAGAAAAAGGAUAUUCGUCUUACUGGAACAACAAAAAGACCAGUGCCAUUGGAGCAUUGCAUAUUUUAUUCAGGAGAGCUGUACAAAAUAUGCGAGAAUGAAACACUUAUAGCCCAGGGAUUGAAAGCUGCUAAGGAUGCAUGGAAGAAGAAAAACUCUAAUACUCCUGGUGGAAGUACUGGACCUCUACCAGGGUCUCCAGCUGUGCAAAGUGGAGGACGUGGUCAAAAGCACGAGUUGUCUAAUCGUGGCAAACAGACUAAGCAUUCUGGUCCUCAGAAUAUGGGAAACCGUGGAAAUCAAAACAGAGGCACCGGUCAGUCUAACUGGGGUCCAAGGAGAUCCGAGGCUCAAAUGUGGUUGCAGCUUGUUAACAAGCUUUCAAAGAACUCCUUGCUUCCUGUAGUUGUAUUUUGCUUCUCAAAGAAUUGGUGUGAUAGAUCUGCUGAUAGCUUAACUGGGACUGACCUUACGAAUCGUUCCGAGAAAAGUGAGAUCCGUGUUUUCUGUGACAAGGCAUUUUCGCGACUAAAGGGAUCAGAUCGUGAUUUACCACAGAUUGUAAGAGUUCAAGGCCUUUUGCAAAGAGGGAUCGGUGUGCACCAUGCUGGUCUGCUUCCAAUAGUAAAGGAGGUUGUUGAAAUGCUGUUCUGCCGAGGAGUGAUUAAGGUCUUAUUUUCAACGGAGACAUUUGCCAUGGGGGUUAAUGCCCCAGCUAGGACAGUUAUAUUUGAUUCUUUGAGAAAGUUUGAUGGCAAGGAAUUCAGACAUUUACUCCCUGGAGAAUACACUCAAAUGGCUGGCCGUGCUGGGAGAAGGGGCCUUGACAAAAUUGGUACAGUAGUUGUUUUGUGCCGCGAUGAGAUUCCCGAUGAUAGUGAUUUAAGACGCAUAAUAGUUGGGAGUGCUACGAGGCUUGAAUCUCAGUUUCGACUGACGUAUAUUAUGAUCUUGCAUCUUCUUCGAGUUGAAGAAUUAAAGGUGGAGGAUAUGCUGAAGAGAAGUUUUGCUGAGUUCCAUGCUCAGAGAAAACUUCCUGAAAAACAACAACUACUUCUGCGGAAGCUUGCUCUGCCUACAAAAACUAUUGAUUGUAUCAAAGGCGAACCAUCAAUUGAAGAGUAUUACCAGAUACAUUUAGAAGCUCAAGAUUAUGAUGACCAAAUAUCGGUUGCAGUUAUGCAGUCGUCUGCUGCUCUACAAUUUCUGAACCCUGGAAGAGUGGUUGUUGUGAGAUCACAAUCAGCACAAGAUCAUUUGCUUGGAGUGGUCCUGAAAGCUCCUUCAGCCACAAUGAAACACAUAGUCUUGGUGCUGAAACCUGAUUUACCACAAUCAUUGCAAAUCUCCUCAAGUAGUGGUAACAUGCAAGAACAAAAGGGCAGUGAUUUCCCACAGGCUGUUAUGUUGAUGCCCAAAUCAAAACGUGGGUUUGAUGAACAGUACUUAACCUCAGCUGGCUCUCGGAAAGCUUCAGGAGCUGUGAACAUAAAAUUACCAUAUCAGGGUUUUGCAGCUGGUUUCAGCUUCGAAGUCAGAGAGAUGGAUAGCAAAGAAUUUUUGAGCAUAUGUGAUCGUAAACUAAAGAUUGACCAAGUUCGGCUUCUUGAAGAUGGUAACAGUGCAGCUUUCUCUAAGACAGUUCAAGAGCUGUCGAAACAUAGAACUGAUGGGAAGUAUCCUCCACCCCUAGAUCCAAUAAAAGACCUGAAGUUGAAGGAUGUCGAUCUUGUGGAAGCAUAUGGAAAAUGGACAAACCUACUGCAAAAGAUGGCCAUGAAUAAAUGCCACGGGUGCAUAAAGUUGGAGGUACACAUGGCUUUGGCAAAGGAGAUAAAGAGCCACAAGGAUGAAGUUGAUUCUCUGCAGUAUCAACUUUCAGAUGAAGCACUAAAACAGAUGCCGGAUUUUCAAGGCCGGAUAGAUGUGCUGAAGGACAUAGGGUGCAUUGAUGCUGACCAUGUAGUUCAAAUCAAAGGCCGUGUUGCUUGCGAGAUGAACUCAGGGGAGGAAUUGAUAUGCACGGAAUGCUUGUUUGAAAAUCAACUUGAUGACCUGGAACCCGAGGAAGCUGUAGCGAUUAUGUCUGCUUUUGUGUUCCAGCAGAGGAAUACUUCCGAUCCUUCACUGACACCAAAACUCAAACAAGCAAAAGAAAGAUUGUACAACACAGCUAUAAGGCUGGGAGAGCUUCAAGCCGGGCAUAACCUACAGAUAAGCCCCGAGGAGUACGCCCAGGAAAAUCUGAAGUUUGGUCUUGUUGAAGUCGUGUAUGAGUGGGCAAAGGGUACUCCCUUUUCCGAGAUUUGUGAACUGACUGAUGUUCCUGAGGGACUGAUUGUACGGACCAUUGUGAGGCUGGACGAGACGUGCCGUGAAUUCAAGAACGCCGCUUCCAUAAUGGGCAACUCCGCGCUCUACAAGAAGAUGGAUUUAGCCUCCAAUGCAAUCAAGCGGGACAUCGUUUUUGCAGCUAGCUUGUACAUCACCGGAGUGUAAGUUUAACCAAAACUACUCUGCCUUGGCAAAUGUAAAUUCAUGUUCUUCACAAUCUGUCUAACAAAAAUUUCCCCGGUGAUAUAUUAUUUUCUGUUAAAUCUUCCCGCUACAAGUUCCAUCCUCAGAUGACAUUAGCAUUCAUUCUUCCCCUUUGCUAAUUCUGAGUCCUAACUGUUAGGAUUUACCCAAUCUUUGUGCAAUUAACUAAUUGAUUUUUUACGCACUUGGCUUUGGUUCCUAGUUGAGAUGCUCAGUUCAGGGCUCUGCCCUUAUGAACUGGUUUAACAUCGAUUCAAAGCGGAUCCAUCCACUAUCCGAAUCCAUAGAAGUCCAGUUAAUCAUCUUUCACCAGCGCAGAAAUGCGCACUUGUGCAAAUUGAUUGAAUUGGUUGUGCCACCAUUGAUACCUCCGAAUUGUAAAUAGAUAGCGUCCAACCUCAAAGAAGACGGGAUUAACAGUAGUACUACUCGACACGAUCCUUCCCACAAAUAUGGUAGGAGCUGCUGCCUUAUUGCACAUCAUAAAAGGAAAGGAAUCACCCAUGAAAACUACUAACACACAUCCAAGAUCAAGAGUCGUGCACUGGAACAGAGCCGCAAAUGAGACGUGGAGCAUCAACAGCGGCGGACUUGAUAUCAAUUGUCGCUUCUUCUGGGUUUAUCUGAAUCAAAAAUAACCUGAGCAUGGGCAGUGUCAGGGAUCCACUCAUUGGUGGCUGGGUUGCCCCUGUGGCUGCUGGCAUGGUGCUGAUCAUCACCAUCAGGUGCCAAGCUGAAGUUGUUGACUUUGCCUUCCAUCUUGAUGAACCCUGUUCCUGUUACCGUGUGAUGCUGCUUGUCGACGCAGUUGAGAUCCUGAUAGUAGUCUGUUUCCACAAACUCCUCCCCCAUGCCCUCCUCGCUUCUUCCACUGCCGCCCAGUUUCUGCCAUUCCCAAAGACACAAAAUCAGAAGCAAGAAAGAAGAAAGGAAACCAAACCAAACCAAACCAUCUAAAUGAAAUGAAUGAAGGGAAGUACCUGAGUGUCGACAUCCUCGAGGCGUUGGAACUCGACGUACUCCGGGAUAGAGGGGUCGCCGUUGACUGCAGCAGAAUCGACGUAUUGAGCAGAGGAAGGGUCGCUCCGCUGGGGCUUGGUGUGGCGCUUGGGAGCUACUCCAUCGAAGUACCCUCUGGUUUGUUGCUCAAUCUCUGCCUCCUGCUCCGCCGACAGAUG